AGCUCCCAACGGCUACUUCCUAUUUCAAAUCCCUUCCCCUCCUCCCCCUCCGUUCUCCAUUUCACGCCUCCCUCCUCCGCCUCUCCUUCUUCCCCACGGAUUUCCGCGAACCCUGAACUCGUUCGCCUGCGGAUCCCACCAGCCCCGCCUUCCCAAAUCGCACCUCCCGAAACCCUAACCGGCUAAUCCCCCGCCGAUGGCGCCGCCCACACCCUCUCCCCGCCCGGGCCCGCCGCCGACGCCGCAUGGGGGCGCCCUGGCGACGCCCCUCAGGACGCCCGCCUCCAAGCACCGCCUCCACUUUCCGGCCACCACCCCGAAGAACGCCCACCUCGGCGCCGCCACGGAGCACCCGGUCGAGGUGAUCGGCCGCAUACGGAACCUCUCCCCGGGCGGCGCGUCGGCGCUGGAGAUCGCGGGCGGCGGGACGGCCGUCCGCGUGCGCGGCGACGCGGGCGGGUGCCGCGACUUCACCCUCGACGGCGUCUCCGUCUCCGAGGAGGAGGACCUCGAGGGGUUCUACCGCCGGUUUGUGCGCUCCCGGAUCGAGGGCGUCCGGGUCGGGGCCAAGUGCACCGUCAUGGUCUACGGGCCCACGGGGUCCGGGAAGAGCCACACCAUGUUCGGAUGCGCCAAGCAGCCCGGGAUCGUGUACCGCGCGCUCAGGGACAUACUCGAGGGGGGAGCAGGUGGAGAAGGCGAUGGUCCCGCCGGUCGAGGCGAGGAUGAUGCCGGGUUUGGGGCCGGGCUCUUCGUGCAAGUCGCGGUGCUAGAGAUCUACAAUGAGGAGAUCUACGAUCUACUCGUAGGAAGCGGGGCGAAUGCUAGAGGAAACGCCCCCAAGGCGAGGCUAGAAGUAAUGGGAAAGAAAGCCAAGAAUGCUACAUACCUCUCUGGAAAUGAAGCUGCGAAGAUAUCGAGAGAAGUUGCCAAGGUUGAGAAGCGUCGGAUUGUCAAAAGCACACUUUGUAAUGACCGAAGUUCACGGAGUCAUUGCAUGAUUAUCCUGGAUGUCCCAUCGGUGGGAGGAAGGUUAAUGCUUGUAGACAUGGCCGGAUCUGAGAACAUUGAAGCUGCAGGACAAACUGGAUUUGAAGCCAAAAUGCAGACGGCAAAGAUUAAUCAAGGAAACACUGCUUUAAAGCGAGUGGUCGAGUCUAUUGCUAAUGGUGAUUCCCAUGUUCCAUUUAGAGACAGCAAGCUCACAAUGCUACUACAGGAUUCAUUUGAGGAUGAUAAAUCAAAAAUCCUGAUGAUUCUGUGUGCUAGUCCUGAUCCAAAGGAACUGCACAAGACUGUUUCUACAUUAGAGUAUGGUGCUAAGGCAAAGUGUAUCAUCCGCGCUGCUCAUGCUGCAACACCGAGGGACAAAAUAAGCUCUGAGGAGUCAUCUACAAUGCUUAACUCAAGAAUUGUUGCGAUGAACCAGUUCAUCUACAAGCUUCAAAAGGAGAACAAACUGAGGGAGAAAGAGCGUAACGAGGCCCAGAACUUGCUAAGGCUGAAGGAAGAGGAGCUGACACAGCUGAGAUCAAAGCUCAAGCUGAUAGAAGGGCAGGAAAAAGCUGCUAAGGAGGAGGAGAUUAACUCCAAAGUCAUGGAGAAGACCCGGACCUUGAGGAGUGAGCUAACGAAGAUGGAAGAAGCCAUGCUUAGGCAGCAGGAAGAGCUCGCCGCACUAAAACAGCGACUACAGGAGGUUGAGCAUGUAAAGGCAGAUGCUUGUCAGCCAGUGCAACAGGAUUUCAUUGGAGGUAGAUUGUUGGCACGGCUGUCGGAGAUGCCUGCAGGACUUGAUCAAUCAAUGUCAAUGGUCAUGUCUAUGGAGUUAGAUAUGGGAGAUCAGCAACAAGACGUCAAGGUAAUAAAGGAGGAUACACGCCAGCAGGGCCACAUAUGGAAUCACACAACGACAGCAGGUGUUUGCACCGGUGCUGUGGUGCAGGAAGAUGAUGUCAGGCUAUCUGGGUAUCCGGAAAAGGUUGUCCUAAGCACUGUGUUUGAGGAGGGAGAUGAAGAGGAUGCGGAGAGGGACAGUGGUCUUGAAGAGGUGUGCAAGGAGGUCGUACAGGAGAGCUUUAAGGUGGACACAACACAACAUGCACUGGCUGAGAAAGAUGAUCCGGCAACAAGGAAGCAUCGGAUUGAGAACAUUUUCAGGCUCUGCGGGAAUCAUCGUGAACUAGCUAAGAAACCAAAGGUUCAGUCACCAACAAAGGAAGUGUUUGCAGACGAGAACAGAUCACCAGCAAAGUAUGUGUUUGGAGAGGAGAGCACGUCAGCAGCAAAGCAAGCUUAUGGAAAUGAAGACAGGGAGCCAUUAGCACGGGGAGCACUAGAGACCCCAAUGUGCGAUGUCAAAGUGGCCGAGAGCCCAGUAUCUUCGCAACUUUCACCAAUUGUAUGCCAAGUUGUGGAUCAACCUUUGUCGGAGCAGCUAAAGUCAUGCAGUACAGUGGAAGAUAGUGACCAGAACAAAGAGCAUAGUUUUGCUGGACAGAAGGAGCAGGACGGCCUGUUGGAAGUCUACAUCAAAUGGGAGUCUGGAAAUCUGAUCAAAGGGCUGAAGUUACUGCGGAACUCGUGCCUUUCAGAUUUGAGGAAGCUCAUAGAGGCGCACUUCGAAGAACAAAGCGGCAAAGACCAAUUCAUUUUCCUGCUCCUUGGGGAUCCUUCUGGUGGUCCGGUGUCAAGGGAGAAGGAAGCGUCGGUGCAGAUCAGCAAGUUGCCGCACUGGAACAACCAGCCAGACAGCUACCUGGCCUGCCUGCGGGCGGCCAAGAAGCCGGUGGCGGUGAUGGAUCACAUGCCAUUCAGCCCGCUGGACAGCAAGCUGAACUCGGUCGCAAAGGACACGCAGCUCGCCGGCGUGCUGUCGCCCAAGGUCAACCAGAUGAGCCCCAACUACAUCCGGGAGCUGAGAGCUUGAGCCCUAGUAGAGUAGUAAAAGGGUCGGAUUGUUGUUGCCCGUUGCUCGCGGCGACAUGACAGAUGUAUCUUGCAUGUAUCGAUCGCUUAGGUUCUGUAAGAUUAUUAGUUUGGACGUUUGAUGCAAUCAUGUAAUUCUUGCACGACCGGCAGGAGGAGCACCUUGCGGAGCUGCUCCCGAACGCUGGACGCCUGGACCUGUGGCCAUGUAUCUGUGGCCAACGAGAUGCGUUUGAAUAGAUCAAUUUUAUUCA